CAUAAAAAUAAAAUGAUCAUAUAUAUAUAUUGAGAUAAGAGUCGACCGAUCAUAUAUAUUGAGAUAAGAACCGUGAAAGACAUCUUUGAACAAUUAUCAAAUAAAGGUUGACCUUAUUGAGAUAAGAGUCGACCGAAUGGUAUUCUGCACGCAACAAUACAUCAAAUUAAACGGUGAAAAUUACAAUUAGGCAAGAUGACGGCGAAUGCUACAUUAGGUCGACCUCACCUUCGACGUGAUCGACCAGUUUCAACACAUAGAACAGCAACCGCGAACGAUCUUCUUCACAAAGGUUCUAACCGUAAAAGAAAUAUAAUUCAGAGUUUUGGUGGCGGUGAAGGUGACAUAUAUUCGUAUUUAUAGAUAUUUUGGACGUGAAUGGGUCGAAUUAAGUGGUAGAUAAGUUAGGGUUACCUUUUUGGUGUUAGAAUCCUUAUCCAAUACGGAUACGGUGUGCACGAGGUCGAUCACGUACUUAUGCGGUCGACCUAUUAACUGCAUAAUGGUCGGCCUAUGAGGUAUUUGGGUCGACCUUUCAUUCUGUUUGCUUCCUAAAUAGGUCGACCAUUUGCUAUAGACGGUCAACCGCGUCGUUGAACCUCACAAAAUUGAAACAACAUAUUCGGUCGACCGAAAAGACCAUGUUACGGUGACAUGCAUGUCACCGUAGAAAAGUCCUUACAUUUAUGUUAACCCAACAUUAUAUAUAAUUUUAGUUAGCUUUAUUUAUAGGCAAAAUACACUUGUAUAGCCAAAACUUUGACGGUUUAACCAAAUAUAGCCACUUUUGGCGAAAUACCAAAAAUAGCCACUUCCGUCCAAUUCUUUGACGGUGUGAGUUAACGUGCUGACUGGACUAACAGCAGCCGUUGACGUGGCAUAUUUUAUUAAAAAAUAAUAUUAGGUGGAAAAUAAGCAAAAUUUUAUCCUUAUAUUUUAAUUAAAUAAAAUAAAAAAAAAUAAAAACAAAAAUAUUUCUCUCCAUCACCAGUUCACCACCGCCUGUUCAUCUCCCCUUCAUCAAUAUUCAAUACCACGCCUCUUCUGAAACCCUCCACAACUUCCCUAACCCAAAUAAAAAUCAAUCCCUACCCAGCUUCCUUCGUCGAUACUACCAACACCAUUUUGAAACCUUUCAUUAUUGCUUCUCCCUCUCUCAAAAACACCGCCAUCGAGCCAACUAUGUCGCUGCGUCUUCCCUCCGAUUUUACAGAACUGAACCCGACGACCCUAGUGGCGGUGCCGACAAUAGAGAAGGAGCCUCCGCCUGGCGCUCGAUUCUUCUCCAAUGUCUUUUGGAGCGAUUCUCUUCCGAUUCUCUUCCGAUUCUCCGAUGAUGUCAGUUCUAGGUCACAGUCGGUUCAGGGUUUCGCUGCCGUCGAGUUCGCCAUCUCCGUCGGUGGUGAGAACGAAAAGGAGGGAGAAGUGAGCGCCGCCAUUGCUUCUCGGCGACACCCGACCUGUUGUCGGUGUUGUCGAGGUCAUUAUCAGCCCAUGGCGCCAGCGGUGGGAGCGAUCAACAAGGAAGGAAGCCGACGUUUCUCGAUUCUUUCUUUUUCAGGGAAAUCGAUUUGAAGAUUUAGGGAUUUCUGGGUUUUGGGGUAAAUAUGAGGAAGAUGUGGCAGGAGAAGGGUGGGGGUGAAGUGGAGAUGGUUUUGCACCUAGUUGGACCUUAAAUUCACAAAAUCGCAAAUAGAAAGGAGGAGGAAGAAGAAAGGUGAGGUGGAGUGGAAGAAUGGACGAUGGUGAAUCGCAAUAGAAAGGAGGAGGAAGAAGAAAGGUGGGGUGGAGUGGAAGAAUGGACGACGGUGAGGGGAAGUGGGGCAGUUUUUUUAUUUUUUUUUUGUUUAUAAAUGAUUUUUUUAAUAAAUAUUUUUAAAUAAA